ACUAUUGUCAUCAUUCUGUCUUUCUUAUGUUUCGUACUACGCGCAAAUCGCAAUCUACUUACUUAAAUAAAUUUUCUGCCAUUAGUUUGGCUAGCUCAUUAGUUUUUUUUAUUUUGCAGUUAGUGUUGCAUUUUCUUAUCAUUUUUUUACAAUAGUUGACUCUAGUGCUUAGAAGGUGAUAGAAGGAAAUUUUUGAGCUUUGGUGAAGCUAAGUGAUCUUUGCAUCGCACUAUUACUUGAUAUUGGCUGUAUGGAGCAAGAAAUCUGAUGACAGAUCUUCUUCGAUUAAGGAUCUUCCAGAAGAAAGAGUUGCCACUUCAAGAAUCAAGUGAUAUACAAGCUUUGCAGUAUAAUAGUUAUAUAUAUUAUUAAAGGCAGGAAUAUGUCUUUUCAUCGUACUAACUUGUAUCGUUGCCAUUAUGAAUAUGUCGAAAGAGUACCUAUGGGCGAGGAGAAUCAUGUUAACUUUAUCCAACAAUAUGUGAAAACAGUUCGCAGCUUCAGUUCUCAGUAUGGCGGCAACGAUAGCAUAUCUUAUGCAGCUACUAACAUAAUCGGGUUACCUGGCAAAUUUCCGUAUUACGGAGAUUUUCCACAUACAUUUGCCAUGAAAACUUAUGGACCGUGGUGGGACAAAGCACCCUCGAGAUCAAUUGAUUACAUGCCACAGAAUACAGAUGUUGCGAGCCAAGAUUAUAUCGAUAUCGAGUAUGAUGAAACUGUAUUUCCAAUCAGAGUUUCUAUAUACGAGAUAUAUAAUCCUGGUAGCGUAAUUCGAAUUUGGGCACAAGAUUCUAAAAAUCGGUGGUUUCUCCUGUGGAACGGACCGCCCCAGACUGUUCCUUCGGCAUCGCGGAUAUUUUCCCCGCCUUUACAACCGUGCAACUUUAGGACCAAUGUACUUAGACUGGAGUUUAACCACAGUUUAUUGGACUAUUAUACAGAGCUAGACGCUGUGAUGCUUAUCGGCACAAAAAGAUUGAUCAUUCCUAAAUAUCAAUCUCACAAACAAAGUUUAACUUGUUUGUUAAAGAGUUUUAACAAUAAGUAUCCCUGUCGCGAGGACAUCCAUAAUUUGACACCAGAUUAUACAAACGCACACUUGGAUAUAGCCCAUCUUAAAAAGACAUUGAAUGAAUAUUGCAUUAUGUGUAAAAGCGAUGUAGUAGCGAAUCUUCACGAGAGCAAGCUAGCAUCUCAGCUAGGACCAUUUUAUUAUUAUGUACCACCUCUUAAAGAAGCAUCCAAUAGUAUGCAGCGUUUUUUAUCCGAAGAACUUCCAACGUUUAUGAAGGAUAUUUCUUCAGACGAAUCCAAAAAGCUGUCACGUGGCAGUUUUUCUGAAUUUCCUGAUGAAGUAAUAAUAAGAAUAUUGAGAUACUUGGACUUGAAAUCGUUAUGCUGCGUAAGCAGAGUGAACAAACAUUUCAAUAAUUUAGCACAGGACCCUCUGCUUUACACAAGUUUGAACUUAAAGCCAUAUUGGCAUAUUAUUAAUGCAAAGGCAUUGUAUUACUUGGCACCUAAAUGUAAAUAUUUACGACGGUUGGAUCUUUCGUGGUGUGACAAAUUCUCUGUCUCGGAUUUCGAAAAAUUUCUUGAUACCUGCGGUAGUCUCUUAACGCACUUACGGUUAAAUUGCUGCACACAUAUCGACGACUCCGCCAUGCUUAAAAUCUCGAAGAUAUGCAAAAAUUUGAAAGAAUUGAGUCUACGUAAUUGUGACUUGAUAAAGGACAAGGGAUUCUCAUAUCUCGAAAGUCUGGAGUUUCUCGAGCGUUUAGAUCUGUACAGAACGCAUAUAAAAACACAAGCUCUUUGCAAGAUACUGCAAAGAAAUCCACGGAUGCGCCACUUACACAUAGGAGGCACGGACAAAAGUUUGAACGUAGACGAAGUUGCAAUGGAAUUGAGAAACUCAUGUCCGGAUUUGGAAAGUAUAGAUUUAUGGAAAACGCACAGUCUCACGUCGCAAGGUAUUGAUGCCCUCGCUGACUGCAGGAAUCUACGAGAAGUGGACUUUGGUUGGUGUGGCAGUACGACCGGCCAUGGCGACAGCUUCCGCAGGUUGCUUUCCUCGUGUCAAUAUUUGGAAAAAAUUUUUCUUACCUCUUUCAGAGGCCUCACCGAACGCGAUUUGAGAGCAUUGACGCUGUGCAAAAAUUUAAAACAGUUAGACUUAUUAGGUACGCUAUCCCUGACAUCUGAGAUAUGUUACUUAUUUUUCGUGAGCUGUCCUAAGCUGGAGAUGAUUGAUCUCAGCUUCUGUGACAGCAUUGCCGAUUGCACGAUUGAGCGGUGGCAACAAAUGUAUACACAUUUAGCAAUCAAAAGAGUAAAAUAUAGCGACUGAUGUUAGAUCUAAUGAAUUUUAAGAUUCAAUGUUGGAACAAACGAUAUAUGAUUUUGAGAAUUAUUUAUUUUUCAAAAUACGCUAAAGUGUACCUGUUGAAAAAACAAAAUAAAUUUGUUUUAAUUAUA